CGUGGAAAUAGAAAUCUACAGCGUUGUUUUUGUUGUGUCGAUUUCGACUAAUAAUAUAUACAGAUUUGGUUCGAUCAGACAUAUAUUUCACUAUGCAGAACAUAGUAUCAAAUGUCUCGAACAUAAAGUUCGACAUAGAACUGGCUUUAGAGCAGCAGUUGGGCAGUAUACCAUUGCCUUUUCCUGGAAUGGAUAAAUCCGGAUCUGCAAUAUGUGUGUUCUUUAAGCAAGGGGACUGCUUAAAAGGUGGAAGUUGUCCAUUCCGACAUGUACGUGGUGAUCGCAGCGUUGUUUGCAAACAUUGGCUGAGGGGUUUAUGCAAAAAAGGAGACCAGUGUGAAUUUCUUCAUGAGUAUGACAUGACAAAAAUGCCAGAAUGUUUCUUUUUUUCAAAAUUUGGUCUGUGCAGCAACAAAGAGUGUCCCUUUCUACAUAUAGAUCCUGAAUCAAAAAUAAAAGAUUGUGCGUGGUAUGAUAGAGGGUUCUGUAAACAUGGUCCACACUGCAGAAAUAGACACACAAGAAGGGUUAUAUGUGUCAAUUAUCUAUGUGGGUUUUGUCCGGAUGGCAAAAAUUGUAAAUUCCAACAUCCUAAAUUUGAUUUACCAGUGGUAAAUGACCCCGUGUCUGCACAAAAGAAAGCCAGUAUUACCUGUCACAGCUGUGGGGAACCCGGACACAAAGCGGCCAUGUGUCCCAAGUUUCCAGUCACUGCUACUGAACAGCAUAUUCAAGUGAUGGGUAUGAGUGACUUGACAGAACGUCCACAGAUACCUAAAGGACCCCCUAGGCCUCUGGAAAGUGUUACAUGCUUUAAGUGUGGGGAGAAAGGUCACUAUGCUAAUCGCUGCCCGAAAGGUCAUCUCGCCUUCCUGAGUCCAGCAUUAUCACACGUGGAUGCACAGAAACAAAACCAGAUGUAGCUUUACACAUAGGAAUAAGGUCGUGUCGACAGAUACUGUGUAACAUAUGAUAAACAUGGCAGUAUAUAGUUGUCUGCAAAAUCGUGACUUGAUUGGGUUACUUUAUUGCCAACAGUAUGUGCACGUCUAACAUCGUGUAUCAAUCCCGAGUACGAUAACUUUCAAUUUAUGGUGAGAAUGUUGCCCAUAUUUUUAUAUUAACAGGAGACGUACAUAUAUAUUUAAUAACAACAGCGGCCAGUAACGCCUGUGCUUAUUAUUUUACUUUGUAUGACCGGUUAUUAUCAAUCAGCUGCUGUACACUAUUACACAUGGAUACGAGAAACGUAAACAACUGUGUUCUCUUAUAGUUGCUGGUGUCAUAACACUAGUCUUGGCAGUUCAUAUUUGCAGACUCGUCAAUCGUCUUUUCUGUGGUUACGAUAUUUUGUCUCUAAAGUUAUUAUUUCAUUAUAACAUAGAUGUUUGCAGUUUCAUAGAAUAGCAAUCUCGUUUUCCAUUUGAAGGUGUCGCAGACACUGCCAAUAAAUCAAUGCAUGGUUCAUAUUGAAUGAAUAGUUUAUACCUGUGUUCAUUCAGUUUACCUUACAUCACCAUCAGGAAUACAAAUAUGC